GUUAUUGUCGCUGGCUACACGCUGCUCUGUCUACUUUAGAGAGGGUAAAUUACUGGGUAAACUCCUUAACAUACAUCAGAGACAGUCUUAGUAGACUGAGUAAAUGGCUUCGCCGUCUGCUAGCCCCAGUUCACCAGUGAUGGUGGACGUGGUGGCGGUUUCAGUCUCACCUAGCCACAGCAGCAAAAUAUCUUCUAUAACCACACCAUCCCCUCUGGGACGUGGAAAGAAACGACCUGCUAGCCCGGCUAUUAAUCCAGGAGUCACAACCAACAGCAAGAAAAAAAAGAUACAAUUUACUGCUUCAGGCCAGCCAGCGCCAGUGGAUGUGACUGGCGAAGUGAAAUCGGGAGGUGGCGACGCUACCUCUGGGUUAACUGAAACUGCUGCAAAGCCUCAGCCUUUCAAAGACCCCAAUUUUGUGCACUCUGGUAUAGGAGGGGCUGCAGCAGGGAAGAAGAAUCGGAGCUGGAAGAACCUGAAACAGAUCAUAGCGGUAGAGCGAACUCUCCCAUGGAAAGUCGAACAUCCCAACUAUUACAAUAUAGAUGGACCCCCUUCCAUGAAACCAGCAAAGAAAUACUCAGACAUCUCUGGUCUUCCGGCCAACUACACAGAUCCCCAGACUAAGCUUCGGUUUGCCUCUUCAGAGGAGUUCUCUUACAUCCGCCUCCUGCCCACUGAUGUGGUCUCUGGCUACUUGACAUUGAGGAAGGCCCCCUGCAUAGUGCCCUGACAUAAGGGUACACUCAGUCAUGCAAAAAUAAUCAUCAUCAAGAACAUACAUGUACACAUGUAUAUAUGGGAUGAGCACAUAUUUUUGUGCUCUUGAAAGACUGUGUGGACUUGUAUACCAGGUUGUAUACCAUAUCUGCUCUCUGGUAUCCAGAGGAAUGUGUAUUUGUAUUGGCUCUGACGCUUUUUUCUACUUCAUGUUUUAUCCAACUGUUAUCCUUAGAUUUGUUGCCACUCCCUGAAACAGAAGAGUGUGUGUGUGUGUGUGUGUGUUAUCAGGCCAGAUCCGCACUGGAAAUGUAAACUAUGCAGAAUGUCUACUUUCAUUUCAGCACCCAUGUUAAUCAGUUAGAACAUGCACACUAGUCAUGAGAUAUGGAAAUCCAAAUACACUGCAACAAUGCUCAUUUGAUGAUUGUACGCCUACAUACUGAUGUAUUUAUGUUCACAAAGGUGAAGAACUGCCCAGAUAAAGAAGCAUUAUGGAGUUUUGA